AUGAAAGAGAACCACAAAAUGAGUAAGAAACCAUACGCAGAAAUAGUUAAUUUUGUAGAUCAAGAUAAUUCGACACAAAUCCAACAACUUGAAAAAUUAUACAACUAUUAUAGCUAUAUGAUUGACAAACUAGUUGAUUUACCACUCCAGUUUGUUCUUUUCUAUUGCUCUUCAAGUAAUGAACGUUUAUUAAGUUCAAAGUCUCUUAAUAUAAGCCACAAUAUCAGAAAUCGCCUUAAGAUAUAUAGUAUUGAUAAUGUAUCAAUGCGUCAGCUAAAUUUAUGGAAAGUUUUCAAAGAUAAUCAAUAUCUCGUGAAUUUAGCAGCAUGGAUGACAGAUUGUGAGUAUAUUUUUUACUCAAAUCUAGAUUUCUAUCCGUCAUUUUCAUUCUUUUAUGCAAUUGAAAGAAAAUUAUUGACUCCUUUUUCUAUCUUUUUAUUCCCUUCAACCACUGUAUCAGAAAUUGAUCAGAAACAACUGAAAGAGUCAAAACAUAUAGAAUCAUCCAUUUCUUUUCAAAAUUCAACUAAAAUUUUCACAAUUGAGAAUAUGGUGAGAACUGGACUUAAUGGAAUGUUCGGAUCCUCCAAAAUAUUAUUAAGAGCAAUUGAUGGCUUUAAAGACAAGUUUACUUUUGUUAUGUCAAUUUAUUCUCUCAAAGUUCCACCAAUUAUUAAGACUUUUGUAGGAUCCCAAACUUUGUCCACUACAUAUGAUAUUCCGUUACCAUAUAAGAGCAUUGAAAUGCAAGAAAACUUGUGCAAAGGAGCUCAUUUUAAAAAGAAUAAUAAAACACCUCAUUAUUUAUGGGGACGGUCAUAUGAGUUCAUUGAUUCUACUAGAAAAUCGGAAAGAUACGGCCACAUUGCUUUCAAUGUGAUAGAAACUACUAAUAACACAAACACCAUUGAAAUAUAUACGUAUUUCACUGAUGAGAUAUGA